AACCAAACUCAAGCAUAUAUGUGAUCGUAAAAUAACAUAAAUGUACUUUGAACGUCACAACGUAGUGUAUGUGUGUGUAUUGGUAACAAAAAGAAAAUGGACGUGAAUUCGAUUGUUCGGUCUGGUUUUUAAUUUGUUUUAAAUUUAAAAUGGCUUCUCAGGAAAUCUUUAGAAAAUAUUCUUGGUUAAAUAGCAAUUUAUUUGAAAGAGCUUUAAAUCAAGAUGGAUUAACGAAUAAAAUUAUAAGGUUUGCUAUACUACCGGCAUUUGAUAAUGGCGACAACUAUAGUAGUUGUUUGAUUCGAGCAAAUGUUGAAUAUUCCAAUGAUACUGGCACUCAUUGCAAACAAUUCAUAAUUAAAGCAUCAUUGGGCGAACAAUUGGUUCGAAGUCAUGAUGUUUUUGCAAAAGAAAUUUGUAUUUACGAUGAAAUUGUUCCAAAAAUGGAGAGUGUUCUUAUGGCUGCAUCCAUUCCAAUGAAAUUAACACCCAGAUGUUAUAGCAGUGAUCGGCAACAAUCUUAUUUGAUAUUGGAAGAUUUAACUUUAAGCAAUUACAAAAACGUUGCACGAACACAAGGUCUGAACUUCGAUCAAUUGAAACAAUGUAUAAAUGCGCUGGCUCUUUGGCAUGCUGCAUCUGUUAAAAUAAAUACCAACGACACUUCCCAACGAUUAUAUGAUUUAUUUCAAAAGCCACAUGUACAUCUUAAUGGUUCACCGCACUAUAAAACACUCUUUGAAAAUGCCGUAUAUAGCUGCUCUCAGGCAUUCGAAAAUCGCUCCGAUUUAUUGGACAUUGUUCGAAAAUUAAGCCAAUUAAUUGAGAAAGUGUUUGAAAAAUGUUGCACAGCUGUUGAACGCAAUCACAGUACGAUCAAUGUAUUAAAUCAUGGCGAUUUAUGGUCGAUGAAUAUUAUGUUCAAUAUGGAUUCGAACAUUGAUGCAUUGCCAUUAUUUUUGGAUUUCCAAACAUGCUAUUUCGGUUCACCCAUUCUCGAUCUAUCUUACUUAGUUUUUUCAUCAUCUAACGAUACGGUGACAUCGACAGAGUACGAUCAACUAUUUGAUUACUAUUUUGAGCAAUUGAUCGACGCAAUGAUAAAGCUAAAACUGCCAUCAACAAUUAUACCAACUAAAGAACAACUUCAACACGAAUUUGAAUUGCGAGGUUGUUUUGGUGCAUUUUUCAGUUUAUUCAUUGUUCCAUUGCGUUCUAUGGACGAUGCAGGCGACAAUGAUGUGAAACAAUUUUUAAACAAAUCGGAAGACGGUCUUGCAUUUCGAAAGAGAAUUUAUUCCAAUCCAAAAGCACAAAAAUUGCUCACAAAUUUAUUG